AUGGCUACUGUGAACAUGAACUGCGUUGAAUUCUAUAACCCCAACCCCAAACCCGCCUUAAAGGCCUCACACGCUCAGCUGACGAAGUCGGUGUUGAACAAGCACCGACUGCCUCUACAACCCAGCAGAUCGCCACCUGCAAUGUCUGCGGGGGAUGUUCAAGAUAACGACUCGUUAGAUGACUCUCCUCCAUCACCUGAAGAGCUGCUUCGCCCUCCUCAAAACAGAGACAUCCCUCAGGUGCCACAUCAAAACCACAAGCCCCUUUAUAUCUCGAAGCGCCAACUGAUCGACGAGGGCCGUCUGCUUACUGAUGACACAACCCCGAACCCGGCCUAUGUGCCAGGCAAUACUCAAAAAGAGCCCCUAAUUAUCGAAGAUAACAGCGACGACGACGCUGAGGCUGGAGUUGCCUCGAGCGAUCUCCUUGCCAGCAUUGCGAACCAAGACGCGAGCGAGUAUGGCCUGGCCACUCAAGAUACCGCCUCGACCCCGAGCAGUCUAUUUGGCCCGUCUACUCCUCGAGACUCGGAAUACCUCUAUGCCGAUUGUUUCUCCAAACAGCGCCCGUCUUUCGCAGAGCUGGACUUGACAUUCCCUGUUCAGGUUCGACGACCUUCUCCAAAUUGCUCUGAGCCGGCUGAGACAACAGGUCAGGAUCAAAUUCGCCAGGGUGUCGAGAAGGCCAUAGUCGACGAAAUAAGGCCUUCUCAUUAUAGCCCUCUGCACGAGAGAGCUGGUGGAUCGUGCGACCCUAGCAGCGUCUGCAAUAUCGAGGAUGAACUACGACAAACUUCAGAAGAAGCAGAAGGACCGCCGCCUUCCAGCGCACCUCACUCGCAAUACAAUCAGAUGGACCAGGAAAGUCAAAAUAAUACAGACGUUAGAGGUAUUUCGAGCGAAGAGCGAUUGUGGGAAAAGACGGUUGAACAGCAGCAUUGCCAACAAAAAGAGCAAGAAGAUCAAGACGAAGACGAUUACGAGGAAGAGGACGACACAGAGGCGAUUAGCUACUGCCAGCAAAUAAAGGAGAGCCUUCGGAACCAACCCCUGGAAGACGAGACCAUGGCCCCUCUCUCACAGGGCCGCGAACGCAGCAUCAAAUCAUAUCAUAAGGACAAUGAGGACAAUGAGGACAAUGAGGAUAAUGAGGAUGACGAGGACGAGGACGUGCGGCCUCCAAGACGACGAAAGCGCCGCCACAUAGAGUCUGACGCGACUGACACCGCCACCCGAAAGAACGUCCAUACGCGCUCAUCCACUAUAGCCCAAGCCCAGACCUGCACUACUCGAGGUUCUACAGUUUCUCGUAGUUCAUCAGCCGAUGCGGAGUCAAUUCUAGGCGCGGACUACCAAGAAUACCCCUUCCAGGGCUUCCUCAAGUGCGUGAGGAUCGGACGAGAGACGACUUACAACCUAGAGUUCAGGCUGCUAGAUCUUCCAGAUUCGUUCAGACCAUCAAUCGGUCUCCACAUAUCAAAUUCCACGUCUAGCGGGGAAUCAGUUGGGGAUUCAGCUCAUCCACGGGUUUGCGCAUCUCAUGCAAAGAAAUCACGGCCAGCUCUGCAGAAGCAGAGAAAGCGACCGCCUUUGCGAGAACGAAUUGUGAGCAGACCUGGUAGGCAUUCGACAUAUUCAGAAGACGACGACGAACUGUUGAUACAGCUGAAAGAGGAUGACAAAUUGCCAUGGGACGAAAUUGCAGAAUACUUCCCGGAAAGGACCAAAGGGUCGUUGCAAGUGCACUACACCACAAAGCUGAAGAACCGCUCGCAGACCUCUAAGUGCAAGAAACGCAAGAUAACGAACUCAGCUAAAGAAAGCGGGGAAAGAUAUCCAUCCAGGUUUUCGAUGGACUUGCUUGAUCCACAGCUUCAAGAUGCUCUUCCUUCUUCCACAUCAAUUCUACCAGGAACGGCUGACUCGACCGAGGAUGCUCACGGAAGCAUACUGUCAACUACAUCAGGAAACAUAGAAAGCGCGGAGGUUCAGCCGCUUCGUAGCAGCCAAGGAGUAGAAAGCAAUCUAGUUGCCAUCGACGCCACGGAAGCGAGGUGGGAGGUUGAAGCGCUACUUGCCAAGUCAAAAGUAGGCAACGUGAUUUGGUACCUCGUGAAGUGGGCAGGCUUCCGGGAUGAGGAUAAUACGUGGCAGAAACGGAACGACAUCAAUUCAGAUCUCAUCAAUGACUUUGAGGCGAGCUAUCGAGGGAACUAUUUGGGCGUGCAGUUACUCAAAAAACGAGAACGGAGAGGAAAGAUUGAAUAUUUUGUUCAGUGGAAGGGUCGUCCAGCGGCUGAGAAUACUUGGGAGAAGGAAGUUACGAUAAACCGUGAACGAAUAUUAGAGUUCGAGGCAAUGUAAUGGAGAGGGAAACUACUCCAUAAGUCUCUAUGUAUUGAUCAUGAACGCGGCGAAUCGCAGAUUCAAUUUUUGUCUCACGUGACAACUUAUGGCGUGCAAGUAGGGAUCAAAGGAGCUAGCCAUAAUCCCGAUAUAUACUUGCGAACUCCAACUUAAAAUAACGAAAUAACGCUACGUUGAGACCAUACUAUAGUUGCCGCUUUAAUGAGACGAGGCCAGACUCAUUCUGCCUUAUAUUAUAUGUUUACUUCGCGUGCUUGACUCAAAUUGGUUUCGUCCACCGAGUCUGCUGUAUGCACAAUUAGGCGGUGAGGACUCACCAGGCAGCAUCGCAGGGAGCUUCUCGUUUAGAAAGACCACCCCUGCACCACCAUUUGUCAGGCCCAAAGACGAAAUGUUGGCAAUUCAGUCCCACAGUAACGUUCACUACCCAAGUGAUACUAUACCGUUGCGCACAAGUAAAGAGAAAUGGAGGGCCCACCGUCAAAACAAAAGCCCAGAAUUAACGACACUGGGAUUUCCACCCUUCACGAUCCGAAAGAAGCCAUAGCAGAGUGAAUCUACGUUCCGCGAUAGCUUCUACAACCCUCUGACUGCUUUUGCAGCAUUAUCUUUGUCCAUGGCUUACAAGGCCACCCCCGAAAAACAUGGACUUGCAACAGUACUGCGCCAAACCUGGAAAACUCGAAUAAAACAACCAGAAUUUCACCUUGGGGAAUUAGGAAACUGUUGUCAUUCAAACAUAAAAUAGGGUCCGAAGAUGGGCACGAGCAUCGAACACAUGAGGUUUUUUGGCCUCUUGAUCUUCUUCCUGGAGAUUGUUCAAAUGCUCGGAUUCUCACAUGGGGCUAUGAUUCAAAAGUCUCACACUAUUUCAGUGGACCUGCGAGCCAAAGCAAUAUAACUGCACAUGCUAAAAAUCUACUUGCUGCAUUAAGGAUCUGCAGAUUGGGUUCCCAACAGAGGAGCCUCAUAUUUGUCGCACAUUCUCUGGGCGGUAAGCAAUCCUCACAACCCAUGUAAAGUGGAUGCUGUGGCUAAUAAGUGAAAGGGAUCAUCGUGAAAGAUGUGAGCGUAUCAUGGACAUGGCAUAGCCAGCCAGCUUGUGGAUGAAUCGUUAACGACCAAAUCUGCAGGUCCUUCGCCGCGCCGCUACCGA